GGUGGUGGGAUUUGAAGUCUAGUCUAGUUUUAUUGGAUUAAUUUUAUUGAAUCUGUCUCAAUCACCAUUUUUAAUUACUUAGAUUAUUGAUAGAAAAGUGAACAAGAUGACAGAUGUGCCUGUUGCAGUUGUGAACAGUACUGUAAUGCAGCUAAAUGCAGAAGAUAUUGAUGAGGUUGAUACUGAAGAAAAUGAGAGUCUGUCAACAGAAAUCACACAGACUUUACACACAGACAGUGUAUCCUAUAGUUGUGCACUUUGUGAUCAGGAAUUUAAUUCAGAGAGGCAGUUUUUUGAGCACAGAAUAAAUCAUGAUGAGUGUCCGCAAUGCCAGGAACAAUAUUUGUGUCAGAAAGAACUCUUCAUUCAUGCUUCUUCACAUGAUAGUGAAAAUUUUAAGUGCUUACUCUGUCGGAAAAUCUUGGAUGAUGUAAAUUCCCUUGAAGUACAUUUAUCUGACCAUCGAAGCAAUUUUACAACAUAUGAUUGUGAACAAUGCUCCAGAAAAUUCUUAUCAACAGAAGAAAUUCAUAUUCAUAAAGAAUCACAUCCCGUGGUAAAUACUGAAACACAUAACACACCUGUAACAUUUAAGAGAAAAAAUGAAGACACUGAAUUUCAAAUUAUUAAUGACAUAGGAAAUGUUGAAAAAAAGGUUAAGCACGUUGUUGAUAAUGAAAAAUAUAUGUUUAGAGUAUCUAAAGAUGGGUUGCAAUUAAUUGACAAUGCUCGAAAUAGUUCUGUAGAAUAUAAAUUAAAUCCUUCUACAGUUCAAGAUGUGCACGUUGAAUCAAAUAACAUUGACGCCUCAAAUUCAAGUGUGGGAGAAGUUGUGCAUUUCCACUUAAAUGAGUCGUCGGAUUCCAAGGAAUCAAACUGUAUCUAUGUCUGGCCAUACAAGAAUGAAAAUGACAAUCAAACUAAUAUUAGUGUGGGUGAAAAUAUUAUCAUUGACAAUGAAGAUAUACAUAUAGUAAAUUUAGAUUCUGAAGCGAUUUCUAAUGUCAACAUUCCAGCAGGCUAUCUUGUGAAUGAAGAUGGUGUGUUAGAAAUACAAGAAGAUUACCAAAAUCAUGAAUCUCAGGCUAAGAUAGUAUUGUCAACUGUUGACGGUUCUGAUAUUAUAAAUUAUCAGGAGGUUAAAAACGAUGAGGAUCCUUUUAAAUGUGGUUAUUGUUCCCAACCUUAUUCAGAUAGUAUGGAAUUAUUUGUUCAUAUGACACAAGAACACUAUGAAAAAUUAAAUAGACAGUAAUAACAUUCCAGUUUUAGUAUGUAUUAGAGAAUUAAUCCAGAAAAUAAUUUUCUAUACCUUGUAUUAUAUAAUUAUUCCAGAAAAUAGUUUUCUAUAAUUUCUUUUAGAUGAUUAUUUAUAGAAAAAGUUUUCUAUACAGUGUAUAAGAUAAUUAUUCCAAGAAAUAGUUUUCUAUACUGUGUAUUACAUAAUUACUCCAAGAAAUGGUUUUCUAUACUGUGUAUUACAUAAUUACUCCAAGAAAUAGUUUUCUAUACAGUGUAUAAGAUAAUUAUUUCAAGAAAUAGUUUUCUAUAGCUUGUAUUAGAUAAUUAUUCCAAGAAAUAGUUUUCUAUAGCUUGUAUUAGAUAAUUAUUCCAAGAAAUAGUUUUCUAUAGCUUGUAUUAGAUAAUUAUUCCAAUAAGAAGUUUUCUUUAAUUUGAAUUAAAUAAUUAUUCAAAAAAAUUAGUUUUCUAUAAUCUGUGCUGUUGUGCUAACAUUGUUGCAUUUUAUUGGCUUCAUCUUUUCUGUUUAUGCACUGUAGUUGUGUAUCCUCUAUUCGUAGAUUAAGAUAUAAAGUCUUAGAUAAUCUAAGACGUAAAUCUGAACUCUGAACAAAACUACAGAAAUAAUUGAAUAAAAAAAUGUUAAUGCCCUAAACAGUCACCAUACUUGUUUUUAAUUUGAAGAACAAACAUGGCAACUGAUUACCGUAUAUAAGAAUAGAGACAGGUCACACCCACUUCCAGUAUAUGCCUUGUCAAGCAGAGUGUCCACAUCCGGCUAGCUAUAUUUCAGAUACCAAUUACACGCUCGACUGAUUGAUUUUGUUUUACGACCAGCUUUUUUACUGAAAAUAUUAUUGCUACACAAUUAUUAUGUCUGAUCAGGUACAUAUUAUUUUACUGGUUAUAGGACACUGUUUGCUUUUAUUUCUUUAAUACAUUCUGCUUAUAUUUAAGAGGCUUUAUUACUCCUACCAAUAUGUAAUUAAAAUAAAUGUGUUUAAUGUUUGAAUAAUGGCAACUGUCAAAAACCACAAAAGUCCUAGGCUUACAUCAGUGUAACCCGGGUAUUAUGAUGAUGUACUGAGGAUAUAAGAUUUACUUUUAAUGCAGAUUAAAUUUAACUAUUCCAUACCAUGUUUAAGAGCAACAACCUUUUUUGAUUUCUAUUGUUGUUUUUUUUUUAUAGUUGUUUAUGUUUUUGUUUUACUAUUUAAUUAGAUAUGAUAAUGUGAAACUAAUUAUUGAUGUAUGUUACUUCAUUAAAAUUGCUGCUUAAAAUAGCAAAUUCUGUUAAACUGAAACAGGCUGACAUAGAACAAUGUAUAUCUG